UGCCGGAGUGAUUAACUGCUUUGACAUGGAAGUCAGCCCUUGUACCGUGUUGGGGUUUCACUGCUGUGGUUAGUUUAGUCACAAGACUACUUUUUAUUUUCAUAUAAAUGAGGAUUUCGCAUCAUUUUUGCAUGGUUGGAUGGAUUUUGUUUGUACGUGCGCCAGUUUCGCUUUUUACGGACGGUCGGUAACGGAUCCGGAUCAUCAGUUGGUCGCUGGCUGCUGACACCGAUGACACUUUUCGACUAACGGCUCCCGUGAUACAGCCACGGGUUAUUUUUAACGCCUGAGUGGAUAAUGUGAAAUGUGAGGAAACCUAAUAUUUGUCGCGUUUGGUUUCCAGUCAGCUGCGUCUUUACGCAAACAUAGUUUGGUUUGGUUCGUACACAACAACAGACCUGAUAGUGUAAACACGAGGACUUUCAUCAAUGACUCUGUAGCCUGUAAAGACUUAAGCUUUAAACGGAUAGAGGCAGAGUGACAUUACACAUGUACUUUGGCUGCUCACUUUACAUCAUGUUGUUUGAUAAGACAACGGAGUAUUUGCUGACACAUCACUGGAGGCAGUAAACAUGUUUUAAACGGCAUAAUUCAGUUGUGCAUGGUUCAGUAUUCCUCCAUGCCUUUGAAGGCAUCUAAUGGAAGAAAAAGCACCCAUCAGGUCUGCCAUGGUAUCCAGACUGCCUAAGUUCGGUGGACGCUCCUCGUCUGGUGGCGCUAGCCCCUUGUCCAAUGGUUCCACACAGCCAACCGCCCCUGCACAGGAUGGAAAGACCACUCCGUCAGGAACACGCCCAAAUGGCGUGAUCCGUGCCUCUCCUUUUUCCCUGAAGUGGAAGAAAGAUGAGGGGAUGGCACACUCCAACCCCACCACCCCAACCAGCCCUGGGGAUGCAGGUGAAGACAAGGCUCAGACACAGCUUCCCUCAUUAGCCAAGGAGGUGAUGAAUGGCUCUCCUGCAACCCCUAAGAUGCGGAGGUCAGGUUCUUUGAUGGUAGCUGUCUCCAGUCCUAAGUCCAUCCCUAAGCAAUCCUUGAAGAUGAGCCCCAAAGUAGGGACCAAGCAAGGCCAAAGUCCACAGAUUGAAGGUCCAAAAAUAGCCCAUAAUGGCUCCAGCAUUCCUGCUCGAACAGGGUCGGAGUCUCGCCUUAUGCGGCCAAGGUUAGGCUCCAGCUCUACCAGAAGCAGCUCUCAGGACAGCUUGUCCCAAUCCAGUGACAGCCUGAAGACCUUAGCAGUGGACAAUAUGGUGCGUUCAAACAGCUUUACUCACUUCAAGCAGAUACCCUCACCCACUAACCAGCCAAUGACACGGUCGUUCUCCUUUAACCGAGCUGUGGAGCUUGCCAAGCCUCUGGCAAACACUCAACUCCGGCCUCCUCGCAAUAGUUUUCUCAAACCCCCUCAGCUGAGCAAUGGAAGAGUGGGUUUAGGAGUUGUAGGCCUAAAUGGCAACCUUGGAGGUUCAGGAGGUCUUCAGUACAAUAGAACUCCUCCUGCUAGCUCCUCUUUGCCUACCCUCUCGAACCCACAAGCACCCACAACUCCUAGUGCGCUAAAGAAACCUCUGCUCCCUAGCUGUGUGCUGACCAAGUCAUUGAGCAGUAGUGGGGGGUCGCUGGCCUACAAACUGGCUAGACCUGGGCACCCUAACCAGCAGAAGCCUCUUUUUACAGGUCGGGUCAAGGGGGAUAUCAGACCUUCAACAGCCCCUGAAUGUGGAGGCCGGGUUGGUACAGCAGUAGACACUGAGCUGACUGGUGAGGCUGAAAAGGCAGACUUACACUGUGACAGUGAUGGAAGCUCCGGAGAUGGAGGAGGAAAAAGAGGAGGACGCAAUGUGCUUAGGCAGAGCUCUGUCCGGGCAGCAGGUGAGACUCUGGAGGACAUGUCCCUAUCAUCUGCCUCAUCUCUAGACAGAGGCGACACCAGUGAAGACUUUCUAGAUGACUUUUACAGUGUGGGAGAUGUGCUCAGUGAUGGGGACAUGCCUGACAACAGAAAAACUAGCACCACUACUCAAACCCGCCUACACAGCUUUCUCAAUGAGACUCUUGACUGGGACAGUAUGGAUCUGGGAGGGCAUGAAGAAAAAAGCCCAAUGCAGGACUCACAGGGACCACUGAUGUCUCCAGAGCGGAGUGAUGUCCUUCAAACCUCAUCUGUAGAGAUGUCGCCCUCCAACAGCUCAGGUGGAACCUACAUGUGGGACGAGGAUGGUCUUGAGCCCCUUGGGGGGCCUGUGACACAUCCAUGUGACAGCUAUGAUGACUCAGAGCUCAACAGCAUGGAUAUUCUCAACAACCUGGACCCUCCGGGAACUGGAGAGUUGGACGAUGAUGACCUCAUGCUGGAUGUGGACCUCCCAGAGGAUGGUUUGCAUGAAACUGACAGGAUGUCCCACAUUGAGCGCUCAGAGAGGGCCGGUCGGCAGGGCCAGCGGCGUAAACACCACCGCUGGAGUGGGCCAGAUCACUUCCACAAUGACAACAGGUCCCAUGUCUUCCAGCACUAUGAUGGUCUUAAGGCUUCAAGGAUCUCUCCACGGCAAAUCCCAUCCGAAGGCAGGCAGCAUGGCUACAUAGCGAUGCUGGAUGAACUCACACUCGAACACAUGACUCAGGACUGCAGCUCGCUCAAGAACCAACUGCUCAGGCUCAAAACGCUCCUACAGAUUGAGGAUACUGACUGUUCAGCAGAUGCUCCUGAGGAGAUUGAAGACAAUACCACCGCAUCACAGUUGCAUGAACUGAUUAAGGAAGUGCAGGUGCUCAGAGAGGAGCUGAGGAGUCGAGACAAGACCAUUGCUCAGCUCACAUUGCAGUGUCAACAGCUACAACAACAUCAACGGGAACAAAUGCCUGCUCAAGGCCGGCAGUUCAGGUGUCAGUGCCACCACCAGAGGGCUCCCUCUUCACUACGUCACAGCGACAGACAGAUGGACAAACGGAUGCAGCAUCAAUAUGACAAGGCCACCCAGACAUACUGGAGACCGUCGAGCCAUGCUCAUCAAAUACUACAGCCUUUCAACCCCUGCCUCAGCGAGCACCUCCGCCAGGGAAGAAUAGUAAAAACUCCCCCCACCGAGGGCCGCAGUGACCUCUCAAGGAGUAGACCGGAGGAAGGAACCCGAAUAGAUGCUGACUCUCCUCUUGAAGACCUUAUGGCAGAUGUGUCUGGGCCGGCAAACCCUGAUGAGCUGAGUCAUCUCCUCAGCACCCACCACCUGCACCGCCCAGGCUCUGAGGCAAAUGCUAGAGACAGUCCAGCAUCAGCAGCUCAGUCUGCAGGCCAACAUGGAUGGAAAGCCCCCGCAGCGACAUUGCAGAACUCUGUCACUCCUAGAUCUGCUGGUUCGGCUUGCCCUCGAAUGCUGCAGCCUCCUCGCCUUCACAAGCACGUGUCUCUCCCUGCACUCAAGCCGGGGGGCACCGGUGGCUUUGUCUCUCUGAAGUCAGGGUGUUCCUUAGGGACUCUGGCUAACCGAACCAAGCAGCUGCCCCCUCCGACUAGAGGCCUUCCCUGCUUUAACGCCAGUCCUCAGGUGCAGCCUCGAAGUUUAUGUCGCACUUCGCUGCUUCAGCCUCGCAGAGUAUCAGAGUCUUGCAGGGAACCACAGGGCACUAACUCCAGCCUGGAUGAGCCUGACAAGGGGACAUUCAAAGACCCUGGGUCUGCCAAGACCCUGAUCCCUUUGAGUCGCUCAUGCCUCCCGAAGCCAAAGAUCCCCUGAGGAGCUUACACCCACUCAUCAAAACUUCACUCUAAGUCAAAGUAACAUACACUAAGCUCAUUAACCCACAUGGACCAAUCAGGGACUGCCUGUGUCUUUGACAUUGGUGUUGCGACUGCUGUAUUGUUUCCAAAUUAGCAUCUACAACUCCAGCCUGACUGACUGACUGAUUGACUGACUGAGGAUCUUCUAUGACAGUCUAUGACAGUUUUCAAAUUGGGGGGAAUUUAUGGAAGAAGAAAUGUGCAAAUGUCCAGUUUAGUAGCCUUGCACAUUCACAUGAAAGAAAACAAGUAUUAGUCAGGUUUUUGUGUUCUUUUAUAAUACCCACGCUGGCUAUUAUAACAUUUCAUUUUUUAUUUUUUAUUUUCUUGUCCUCACACAGCUGUGCCCUCUGACACACAGGUGCAUUUACUUUUGAACAUGGAGGUGACACAAAUGUGUCCUUUGUAGUAUAAUGGAGAGCCCAGGAGAAGAUGGAUGCAAAAGGAAGUGGGAAAGAAAAAGAAGUAGAUGUGGAAUCGGUGCCAGAGACUGGAAAGCAAAAAGUGCUCGAAAGCUGUCACACCUAGAAUGAACAUAUUUGUUUGUGUUAAAUGUGUGUGUAUGAUUGUGAGAGAUGACAGACAUGGAGGCGAGAGACUAAAGAGCAAAGCAGCUCCACGCUGUAGGUGUAGGUGCAUACAUGUUUCUAGUUCACUUCACUACACUAACCCUGCAUGGAUAGUAAAAGUGGUCGCAGACUACCUGUGUAAGUGCAGCUGAGAUGGCAAUACAGGCUUUUAAGGAUAACAUCAUCCUGCUGGUGGACAUAGCUCAUAAUUAAGAGAGACUGGACGCAAGUGAGGAAUCAUAAUGUGGCGGAAAACUUCAACACUUAUGUGUGCUCACGUACUCAUCCCUGCACAAACACAAAGUUGAGGGAGAGAAGCACAUAACAAAUCUGAUAUCUUACAGCUUCCUGACGUGUAUGUGUAUAAGUGCCUGAGCUGUUGUUAUCCUCCCCGUCUCUCCCUCUCACCGUCUUGCACAUCUCUUUGGGGCAUCAAAGGUAUUAGCAUGGUAUUUUCUGGUAGGAAGCCUUUGGGGCUUUAGUGGUGUUUCUGUGGGAGUUUUAGAGAAUUGUAUUCAUCUCUUUUUUUAUUUUUUUGCGGAGCUCUUUUUCAGUCAAACGCUCCUGAAAUGUCCCCAAACGGAGAGCAGCAGUGUGUUAAAAAGGCCUUCUGACAGCAACUCUGCUCUCUUCUCUGUCACGCCGCGUGACCGCUUGGUGUACGCCUCUGGCACUGUCCGGUCUACUGCAUCCAAUAAUGCACCCUACAUGGAUAGAGUGAGACAGUGAAGGGGAAGGAGAUACAGAAACAUGGCACACACACACAUCCCGACACACAGCCUCAUGGAGGCACGUACGCGAGAACUCUGACAAAACUGAAGGAGACAAGAAACUCUGAGGGAAGUCACACAUCAGUUCUCACUUUCCAGUAGCGACGAGUGCACCUAUAUACAUGCACGCUUUGUUUGUGUUGUUCCGGUAGCUCACACUGUCCGAGUACACAUUGCACAAAAGAAGAUGGCCGUCUCUAGAUUACCCUGAAAAUGUCAGAGUGUAGAUCCAUGCAGCUGAUAAAGCAUGUUUACCUGUUGGAUGGUUAGAGAUUGAGCCAAACCGGCCAAGCUGUCAACACAGCCAAGAGAAAAAAACAACCUUUUUCAUGAGAUUAGAAAAUGAGACAGAAAGAAAACAGAGGAUUAGAAAGAUGCACAGAGAGAGAGAGACAAUGAAGACUGAGAGAGGAGUAGUGACAGCAAAGAAUAAGAGAUGUAGAUAUGAAAUGAUGAAGAUCAAGGUGUAAUCAAGAUAAGCUAUUCCUGGCAGACUCUUCUGCCUGUGAAUGCUUGUAUAUAAAAUGUCAUGAAGGUCUGUGUAUAAGAGGAGAGGGAGGCACAAUGCAUAGCAUGUUUGUUUGUGUGCAGAGAAUAGCCCUGAUCCCCUCAGCUGUGUCACUCACUGCUUAGUAAUGCCAAACAGGAAAUCAAUGUUGCCCGCUGUGUGUGUUUGUGUGUGUAUGUGUGUCUCCAGACACCUCUGGCUGCCAGUGUUUCUCUCUUGGAAGUGUGUGUGUGUGUGUGUGUGUGUGUGGGAGAGAAAGAGAUGUGUUUGCCUACAGGCCAAAGGCAAAGCCAUGCCAGGGAAAGCAGGGCAGUGCCAUCCUUCUCUCCCUGUGCUGUAUUCCCUAUCUCCAAAUCAAUGUCGCUGCUCAGUUUAGCAGUCAAGCUGAUCAGUCCUGCCAGCUAUGCUAUAACAAAACCACAACUGGGCAAAAAAAAAAAAAAACUCUCUGCAGCAACUUGGAUCAAUUCUAAUGCAGGAUGUUGAUUCACUUUAUUUUUUUUUUGCGAGCAGACCCACAAAUUGUUAAGCUUGCAUUGCACAACAAGAAAAAGUUACCAAAGGGGGCCGGGGGUUUGUUGGAUAUUAUUACUCUGAAUGGCACAGGACUGCAUUUCAGCACCUAGUACACAUUAUCUAUCUAAGAAGAUGUUUGUUGCAAUACAAUGAAGGUGCACAUUACUUGACUUGUAACCAGGUAGUCCACUGAUAUUUAGUGCGUAGUAACCGAGUUACUGCAAAAAGAAAAAAAACAUGUGUAGUUGCAGUUUCAAGCUUUCAGUUUUACUUUAAUGCUGCUACAAUCUGUAUGUUUAUAGAAACAAUGGAUUAAAUGUCUACAUGCAUGUAGAGGAUGUUGCUCGCAGUGAUAAAACCCAAGAUAAUCGUCCCAUAAGUCUGAGCUCUGUUGAGCAUUUUAGUACCUUUUAGCUCAUUGUUUUGGUUUUUAAAGCUGAUGAGCAUGGUGAAGCAGCUGACAGAGACAGUUUCCCUCAGCGGAUGGUCGAGAAUAAAAACGGAGCUAAAAGAAUAAAAUAUUGGAUUUCCUUUUGUCAGAUGAACACAAGCAUGACGCCCGUUGAAUGCUAAUACUGCCACGUAUCUGCUUAAUGACUGAAUACACGUUCACCAUAUAAACUUUAUAAGGUGGAAAAUAUGUCGGUGUUUACAGCUCGUGUUCACUGCUCCCGAGUCACCAAAAACAUAAUCAGGGGCAGUUGUUAACGUUUCAGCCCCUCCUCCUGCUGCUGAUGAGGGUUUUCAAGUAAAAUCCAAAGCUUGAAACUGCAAAUAUGCCUCGGUCUAGAUUUGGAGUAACCCUACUCUUAUACUUGACUUGUGUUGUAGUAUGUUUGUCGUCUAAGCGGCAGACAAAACCAUCAAGGUACUGUCCACUGUGUACUUUUAAGGCAGUUUCAAAUCCACCACUGAAGUGUUGUCAUUUUCAUCAUAGCUGUUAGCUGUUCAUAUUAUCCUCCUAUAAUAUGCAACAUCAUCUGUAUCUUCAAUAUCAGCUGCUUGCAGUUGUUCAGCACUGUCUCCAGUAUACUGUGCAAUAUUGUUUGAAGCAAAAAGAUGAGGGACACUAUUUUUAGUGAUCUUUAUGCAAAUGGAAAAGAGCAAAUAAAGCUUUUUAAAAAAAAAUUCAAAUCUGAAGCACUUUAAAUGAUGUUAGUUGUUGUUGCUGAAUGAACAUUAAACUGUAUUUAGAAGCUACAUGGGAUUCAUUUGGUUUUACGGUAUCCGUUUAGAUUUCUCUUAUUCUUUUUUCUUUUUUUUCUGUUUAAUCAUAUUUUUGUAGGAAGCCAUGUGAGACAGCAAUAAAGGUUGAACCAAAAAUCUGACAAGGGUGUUUUUUGGCUAAUCUUCUGUUGGAGCUUUGUAACCUUUUAACCAUGUUUCUUUAAUAUGUUGUUUCUACCCAAGUUGCUUCGCAUGUUCGACCAAUAACCUUCAGGCGUGUUUACCUUCAAUGUUAAACUGUAGGUCAAAGGCAAAAUGUUAAACAUCAGAGCAGAAGAUGCUGGUCCUACUUUGGGAGGUACUACUUUGAUAGUCAGUGUUAUUUAUUGAUCUGGAUUGUAGACCCUCUCGCCAACACUUACACACAAACACGACGCCACUGAUCUCAGUUCAAGAUGAAAGAGAAAUCUCAUUCUCAGUUUGUUUUCCUUGUUUUCACCGUCUGCUGGUUGUAUUUCUGUGGAAAUAAAGUACGAUUGUGAAACGUG